ACAAUUCGUUAUCUGAAACCGGUUAUCUUACUGUAAUUCGAUGCGAGUUCCGGAAAUGUAUUGGUCAGUUCGACUGCUAAUUCGUAGCUAGCCUAGACUAGCUAGAUUACCUUGCUAACCGGUUAUCUGUAUCCAGGGUCGACUUUGUCAUUUUUUGUAGUGUAUAACUUUGCUGAUAAUUGACUGAUCGCGUUGUAAGCCGAUAUAGAAGCUGUUUGGGAUUGAGGUUCCGGUCUCUGCUCGUGGUGUCUGUUCGACCCGCUGACACCCAGGCUCGGGUGGUAUGGUACUCCGGCCCACAUGAGUUCUACUAUGUGGUACAUAAUGCAGAGCAUUCAGAGUAAAUAUUCGCUCUCCGAGCGGCUGAUUCGCACCAUCGCCUUCAUCCGCUCCUUCCCGCACGACAAUGUGGAGGAUCUCAUCCGCAGGGGAGCAGACGUUAACCGAAUGCACGGCACGCUGAAGCCUCUGCACUGUGCCUGCAUGGUGGCUGAUGCCGACUGUGUGGAACUGCUGCUGGAGAAGGGAGCGGAGGUGAACGCGGUGGACGGCUAUAACCGCACGGCGCUGCACUACGCGGCGGAGAAGGACGAGGGCUGUGUGGAGCUGCUGCUGGAGUACGGAGCGCUGCCCGACGCUCUGGACGGAAACAAGGACACGCCGCUGCACUGGGCCGCCUUCAAGGACAACCCCGAGUGCGCCCGCGCCCUGCUGGAGGGCGGGGCCCAGCCCGACGCGCGCGACUACAACCGCGACACGCCGCUGAGCUGGGCCGCCAUGAAGGGCAACCUGGAGAGCGUGCGCGUGCUGCUGGACUUCGGCGCUCAGGCGCGCGUCUCCAACCUGAAGGGCCAGACGCCCGUGUCGCGGCUGGCCGCCCUGCUGGCCCGGGGCCUGGGCGGCGAGCGGGAGGAGGAGUGCCUGCGGCUGCUGUGCCGCGCCGCCGGGACCCCCGCCCCCCCCGAGCUGGCCCGGGACCCCCCGCUGCUGGGCCGCCGCCCGCCCUCACUGCGCUCGCUGGCCCGCUGCUCCGUCCGCACCGGCCUGGGCACCCGCUUCCUCCCCACCGCCGUCAAGGAGCUGCCGCUGCCCGAAUCCGUGCAGGAGUACGUCCUGCUGAGGCACUGAGGGGCCCGGGGCCGGGGGGAGCACGAGCACGAGCAUUUAGGGGAUUGAGAG